AUGUUGCCCAAACAGCUGACCACUAAGGGGGCCAAGAGGCGCAAGAUGGAUAUUCCCAAGAAGAUAGGGUUCCGCGGUCGAUGGUUUCAUGGCAAGGAGCUCGAUGAUCCAGUCUUUAAGACCCAUAAAAUACCCCAUAUAUUGAUACCAAAGACUAUCACGGAUUGGCGAAAUGGAGGUAGGGCAUUGCUAUGUAUAGCUAUGGCUCAACUGGAAGGUAUUAAGAUAAGGACGAGGGGAGCUGCCAUAAGAUGGCAGCACGACCCGAAGAAAGGCUGCCAGGAUGGUCGGUGCGGUAGUGCCUGCUCACAAGACUACAAUAGAUGCAUGUGUGCAUGGAGGGUCGAGGGGACUAAGCAUCAACAUUUCUCUCGUAUGGAUGGGGUAUUGAUGAAAUAUAAAGGGGAUGUACCAGUACACCACCUAGUGCCGAUAUGGGGGCCUAUGAAUGCUGUAGGGCUCAGGAACAGGCGGAAUAGUUUACCGUAUAGAGUCCAACCGGACGGGUCUCUGAUUCCAUGUCCGAUAUCGGCAUCAUUGGCCCCUCAUGCGGCGUUCAACGAGUCCAAGGACUUCCGCUAUGAAGAGUACUUCAAGGGGAAGGGACAGAAUAGUAAACAGGAUGAGCAUCCUAGGAGAGGCAAGAAGGAAUGGACGGGGUUUGACAGCGACUCCGAUGCAGAGCAUGAUCCCAUCAGGAUGUCAGCUGAGGACAGUGAUGAAGAUGAUGAGGACGAGCUACCAUCGCAGGGAAGGGAACAUGGUGAACUGUAUGCACAGAGAAGCAUGAACAAUGGUCAUUACCUCAGGAGUGAGUGA